AACUAGGCACUUGAAUGCACCACUAUGCCUCGUUAGAGCUGCCCAAUCAGAAUCCAGGAUACUGGGAUGCGGGUGUUUCGCUCUCGUGGAGCAGAAGCAAAGACGCGUGAGUGAGAAAACCAGCAAGAAUUCCGCUCGUCAAGAGAGGAAGGACAGACACUUGGUCAUCAUGGAUGUCAGUAAAGUUAAAGGAGAUCUUGUGAUGCCAAAUCCAGGAGGACAGACAGACAAACCUGGCAGCGGCAACUUUGCAGAAAGCAUGCUCCCCAAAGCAGUGAAGAGGCGAGUGCACGCUCUGAAAAGGCUACAGGUGCAGUGCGCUAACAUAGAAGCUAAAUUCUACGAAGAGGUCCAUGAGCUGGAGAGAAAGUAUGCAGCUCUUUAUCAUCCACUGUUUGACAAGAGACGAGAUAUYGUCACAGGAGCGGUGGAACCCACAGAUGAGGAGUGUGAAUGGCACAGUGACAGAGAUGAAGAGGAGGAACUAGCUGAGGAAGUAAAGGAAAAAGCUACAAUUGAGGAUGCAAAGAAAGAGGAAGCCAAGCCAGAGGAAGACCCGAAGGGCAUCCCUGAGUUCUGGCUCACCAUUUUCAAGAGUGUGGACAUGCUCAGUGACAUGCUGCAGGAACAUGAUGAGCCCAUCCUAAAGCAUCUGAAAGAUAUUCAAGUCAAAUUUUCUGAACCAGGACAGCCGAUGAGUUUCACUUUAGAGUUCCACUUUGAGCCCAAUGGCUACUUCAACAAUGCAGUCCUCACAAAAGUCUACAAGAUGAAAUCAGAGCCGGAUCCAUCAGAGCCUUUCUCAUUUGAGGGCCCAGAGAUCAUCAACUGUGAAGGAUGUCAGAUAGAUUGGCACAAAGGGAAGGAUGUGACGGUGAAAACUAUUAAGAAGAAGCAGAAGCAUAAAGGUCGUGGCACUGUUCGCACCGUUACAAAACAGGUCCCAAAUGACUCGUUCUUCAACUUCUUUAACCCUAUCAAAGCUUCACCAGAUGGAGAAUUGGACGAAGACUCAGAGUUCACCCUAGCAACAGACUUUGAGAUUGGUCAUUUCUUCCGUGAAAGAAUAGUUCCCAGAGCAGUCCUGUACUUCACUGGUGAAGCCAUGGAAGAUGACGAGAGUUUUGAAGAAGAGGAGCUGGAAGAAGGAGAUGAAGAGGAACAAGAUGAGGAUGGUGAUGAAGAUGAUGAUGAGGGAGACUUUGACCCCAAGAAAGAACAGCCUCAGCCUGCCGAGUGCAAGCAGCAGUAAUCUGGAUGAUCAGGGGUGGGAACCUGCUGUUCAUCAAUUCUGUUCUCAGCCAAUCCACAAGACCUCUGACUCUUACAGGAUCUGCCCUUUUACAAACUCUCAUAGGACGCUAUGGAACUCCAACCUGCAUUUUUACUGUGCAUGACUUUAUUUUCUUCUGUCUUGCGCCCAUCUCACCCGUUUUAUUCAGCUUCCUUCGAACUUGAGCAAGAAUUGACUUGACUACUAAUGAAACUGCAAAAGGUGUCACAUAUAGACAGUCUUCUUUAAGGUCGGUAUCUACUUAAAAACUCGGAAUAAUAUGGAGAAAAUAGAAAACGAGUUCCCAAUUGUUCAUAAAUAAAUCAGUUACUCAGGGUUUUUUAAUAGCAAACAAGCAAAGUGAGUUUACCAGAAAACUGCUGAACAAGUUAGAUUAUCUGUCACUGGGUUAGUUUUUCUGUUCUUAUGGUCAUUUUUGAGACUUACAAUGUAUUACUUUGAAUUUCCUUCACUUUUUAAAUGUUCAUUGUGUCACUGAACUAUUUAUUCUAGUAUCUUGACGCUGUAUAAAAUGUUAACGUUUGAGGGGAUUCAUAGGUUUGUUCACACUGGUUUAAAUCCUUUUAAGAUCAACAACAUAAUAAAACUGCCAAGUUGCUUUUUAAUGGUUUUUCUUAGCAUUUAAAGAUUCCUCUUGCCAGGUUUAUUAAAAGCCCUAUAAGAUUAUAACAUGCAGGUAUUUCACUAAAGAUUGCAUUCAUUAAAUAUAUUCAUUGUCUUUACCUGUGUGUUAACCAGAAGAAGUUUAACACAUUUCUUUUUGUUGAUUUAGUCUGGAUUGUGCUGAAUUCCCCUUUCAAAGUUGACAGACAUAAGCAAAUGGUAGUGAACCCUCAAUUUUUUUGUAUUAUUUCUUGUUUUGUGUCUGUUUCUUAACAACUGUUGUGUUUGUGAUGGGAUGUGGACAGGAAGCUCGAAAAAAUGUAAGCUUUGUUGCCAAGAAGCCAAAUGUAAAAACACACCGUCCUGUUUUUAUAAAACCAUUUGCCAACUGUUAUUAACCGGUGUAAUCUAACUGAACAAUUACAGUUUAAUAUUUAAAUCUAUUAUUGUCUAAUAAUUCAGUGGAAUGUUUGUGGGGACAAUUAAAAUGGAACAGGGUGCCAAUGUAUUUCCCAUUCUGCUAAUGGUUUUCUGGCCGUUCAUUUGGAAACUUUAGCCUGAACAGUCUUCAGUCAUAGUGAAUUAAAUCCACAACCCCCCACCCUUUUUUUUAAUAAGAAAUGAUUGUACAUUUCAUUCGACGGAUCUCUGCAAGCCACGGUUGACAUUAAUCGACCACAUUGGACCGUGUGCUAGCAAUGGCCUUAACUGGUUCUUAUUCACAAUUUGUUACUUGCGCAGUAUUUCUUUUCAAUUUGUACAGAGUUAGUUAAGAUAUUCUAUUAAAGAUGUGUGACAUGGA